GGCACUCAGCAGGCGAAAGAGCGCGCUCGGACCUCCUCCUUCCCGGCCGCAGCCACCUAGAGUGCGGAGCGACCAGCGUGCACUCGGAGGAACCAGAGGAACCCAGCACCCCACGGGACUGUCAGUCGCAAAAUUCAACAUGAAAAUCCUCGUGGCCUUGGCAGUCUUUUUUCUCGUCUCCACUCAGCUGUUUGCAGAAGAAAUAGGAGCCAACGAUGAUCUGAAUUACUGGUCCGACUGGUCCGACAGCGACCAGAUCAAGGAGGAACUGCCUGAGCCCUUUGAGCAUCUUCUGCAGAGAAUCGCCCGGAGACCCAAGCCUCAGCAGUUCUUUGGAUUAAUGGGCAAACGGGAUGCUGAUUCCUCAACUGAAAAACAAGUGGCCCUGUUAAAGGCUCUUUAUGGACAUGGCCAGAUCUCUCACAAAAGGCAUAAAACAGAUUCCUUUGUUGGACUAAUGGGCAAAAGAGCUUUAAAUUCUGUGGCUUAUGAAAGGAGUGCAAUGCAGAAUUAUGAAAGAAGACGUUAAUAAACUACCUAACGUUAGUUAUUCAGCUUCAUUUGUGUCAAUGGGCAAUGAAAGGUAAAAUAAGACAUGCACUAUGAGGAAUAAUUAUUUAUUUAAUAACAAUUGUUUGGGGUUGAAAAUUCAAAAAGUGUUUAUUUUUCAUAUUGUGCUAAUAUGUGUUGUAAACAUGUGUUUUAAUUCCAAUAUGACUCCCUUAAAAUAGAAAUAAGUGGUUAUUUCUCUACAAAGCACAGUGUUCAAUAAAAUUGUAAAACCUGUCAAUGAUAUAGUCCCUAAAGAAAAAAAUCAUUGCUUUGAAGCAGUCGUGUCAGCUACUGCAGAAAGGGCGGGAAACUCCUGACAGUCUUGUGCUUUUCCUAUUUGUUUCCAUGGUGAAAAUGUACUGAGAUUUUGGUAUUACACUAUAUUUGUAUCUCUGAAGCAUGUUUCAUGUUUUGUGACCAUAUAGAGAUGUUUUUAAAAGUUUUAACGUGAUUCUAAGGUCUUCAUUUCAUUGUACGAUGUGUUGUGAUAGUUAACAUUUUAAAUAAAAGAAAAAAUAUCUUGAA